UAUUACUCCUAACAAUUACUACUACUAACAAACUCCCCUAAUCCUCUCCAGCCAACUCUCUCUGCUGGUUUAGUCUCGUCUCGGUAAUCUAUCUUCUCCUCGAUCCAUCUCUCCUGACUCUGCUGGGGUUCUUCAUCCAUGGCCAAGUCCUUUAGAGACAGCUUCUUCCGGUCCAAGAAGCGAGCCGAGCCUGAUGAUGAAGAAGGAGGAGCACAGUACACGGAUCUCGAGGGUGGCGGCGGCGCCGAGAAGACGCCGGCGAUCUCCGGCGACGGCGAGGCACCGGCGGCGGGCGGCGACGAGGAGGAGGAGGAGCUCCGGCGGCUGCGAGGCGCCGUCAUGACGUUCCUCCUCGUCAUCAUGUUCCUCCUCUACGUUGGCAUCUUCGACCUGGCGAAGGGCCUCACCGCCUUCCCGCCCGAGGCGGCGGCGGAAGGCGUGGGGCUCAUGGCCGCCGUCGGCGCCGCCGUGACGGGCCUCGGCGUCGCCAUGCUCGCCGGGUUCGUCCUCUGGUGCUGCUGCUGCGGUGGCAAAGACGCGAUCUGAUUUUAACAAGAACCGUAGUUUUCGUUCGUGUCAGCGGAAAUAUAUCAUUCUUAGUAAUAAUUUGUGUUUUGAUCAUCGUACUUUUUAAUGUUUUGAUUUGAUAGUGGUUGUGAAAUCAGAAUCAUGAGGAAGUGUUUUUUUUAUGAAUAUGAAUGUUUCAGAAAGAAAGAAAGAAAGUGAGGGCAAUGGAAUUAAUCUUCAGAGGACAAUGGUGCCGAUUUUCUAUGAUAUGACCAACAUAUAUUCCUGGAUUAUAAUUGUUGAUCAUAGUUGGAACUCUAA